AAUAAUCACGUGGAGACAUAAUGGAUGCUUCUGGGUUUGCUGUAGAUUAUUCUGGGUUUCAGUGCUGUCUUUAGCUAGAUGGUGGAGCAUUUUUGAUUUUCUUUUUCAUUUCCGCUGUGGCUAAACAGGAAAUGCUGUCCUGAAAAUAGGUGACAAGCCUCAGCUCAGCUCGCUUGUUUCACCACAGCAGCUCUGCGUGUGUGUGUGUGUGUGUGUGUGUUGGUGUGUGUGGAAGUGAGUACCUGUUCACAGUCUGCAGUCUGCAUCAUGUUCGUGUUGGUGGAAAUGGUCGACACGGUCAGGAUCCCUCCGUGGAACUUCCAGAGACAACUCAACGACGCCAUAGCUGAGGAGCUCAACAAGAAACUGGCCAACAAGGUGGUCUACAAUGUUGGCCUGUGCAUCUGCUUGUACGACAUCACUAAACUGGAGGACUCCUAUAUAUUCCCAGGGGACGGAGCCUCACACACAAAAGUUCACUUCAGGUACGUCGUUUUUCACCCUUUUCUCGAUGAGAUCCUGGUCGGCAAGAUCAAGUACUGCAGUCAAGAGGGAGUUCAUGUGACGAUGGGCUUCUUCGAUGAUAUUCUCAUUCCACCAGAGUCUCUUCAACAGCCUACAAAAUUUGAUGAAGCAGAGCAAGUUUGGCUUUGGGAAUAUGAGACGGACGAGGGGGCGCAUGACCUCUACAUGGACCAAGGAGAGGAGAUCCGUUUUCGGGUGACAGAUGAAGUUUUUGUGGACACGUCGCCGACGGGCCCAGCCACUGCAGCGACAGACACACCGGGGCAACCGGGACAAUCAACUGCGCCGCCAGCAGCGGAAAGCCUGGAGAAGAAAGAGGCACCGUACACUCUGAUUGGGACCAUCUGUGAGCCGGGGCUGGGGCUGCUGUCAUGGUGGAACAGUUAGCACUGCUGAGGAAGAGGAGGACAUUUGGUGGUAACAAACAUAUCGGCCAUCAUGACUGAUCAGAGAGAUGGUUAGCUGGAGAGACACAGAGCCCUGUUGAUUGGGUACAGAAGUCAAGACACAAAGUCGAGCUGCUUUCUGAAGCAGGAUACUGCUGGUGUGAAGUGACUGAUGAAACCUCUGUCACUUUGGGACUGAUUGUGUUGUAAAUACUGCUCUUAACAUCCCAGCUUCAUGUUUACAUGUAUAAUUUACCACAUAUUUAAUAACACAAUGACUGAUGGACAUUUACAUUCAUUUGGUAUAUUUUACAAACAAUAAUGGAGUCAUUAAUGAUUUGAAUCACAAUGUCAUCACUACUUUGGUAUGAUAGGUCACUCUUUAAUGGCUCAAAAGAGUUGCUGUUAAAAUCUGGGUUGAAAACUGAACGUCAUUUAUCAGUGAUGGAUACAUUUGUUUCCCGAUUCCUACGGACAUUCUUGAGUUUAAGGUGAGAGAAAUAAGGUUGAGUGUUUUUUUCCCCAUUGAUAUUAAUUUACCUGUGGGUCAGAUUUCUAAAACAUUUGUAUCAUCCAGAUCCAAACAGGUAACUUUGCAACAAUAAAAAUGUUUUUUUCUGUGGGAGUGAAA